AUGGCUUCUCCAAGCCAGACUCAGGGCUCUGUGCCAGCAGCUCAGCCUCUUACACCACCCGCCGAGUCCUCCGGGGCCAACGGUGCCUUUGUCCCAGCAGCAGCAACUACUUCGCAGCCAUCUGUUGCCAUCCCCGCGACAGCACCAACCACAUCAACAGGACACCCACCACAAACCCCCGGAACUUCCUUACAAGAUAGCGGUAAAACGCGCCGCCCACGCGACGUUCGCUUGGUUCAUAUGCUCCUCGCGUCGCUAGGCGUAACAGCUUACCAAGACCGCGUGCCCCUCCAACUCCUCGACUUCGCCUACCGCUACACCUCCAACGUACUCCAAGAUGCCGUGCAUCUAGCUACAGAAGGAUAUGCAGGCGCAGUGGGUGAUGCUGCCGGGAACACAGGCAAGAACGCCAACUCGGCGGAGGUUAAUGGCGUUUCGUUGCCAGCGCUGCGGCUGAGCAUUGCGUCGCGGCUACAUUAUCAAUUCCAGACUGGCCUGCCAAAGGAAUUCCUGAUGGACGUUGCAUCUGAAAGAAAUCGCAUCGCGCUACCCGGGGUCUCGAGGGGGUUCGAUGCUGCCGCUCCGGCUGGACCCAAUGGAGCACCUACGGCUGCGGCGAACCAAAGCAUUAUGAUGGCUGGUAUGCGGUUGCCGCCUGAGCGCUUCUGCCUUACAGGGAUGGGAUGGAACAUGAAAGAUGAAUGGGAUAGUGAGGGUGAGGAAGAGGAGGAUAUACCCGAUGCCCCGCCGCAGGGCGAAAAAGAAGAUCAGGAUGAGGAAGAGGAGAAUGAUGGGAAGAUAGAGGAUAUCUUCGGUGAAGACACUGCCAUGGGCGAAGCGGGCGAUGACGAGGAUCAGAAGAUGAAUGAUGUUUAG